UCAAUUUGAGAGCUUAAGAAUAUGGACGAACCCCAGCCUUAUCUACUCAAUCCUACGAUCAUCGAUCAUCUGGUAAUCAUUCGUUGGUACAGGUGUGAGUAGAGCGUGGAAGGAAGACGAGUAUCUGAGGCGAUGGCAUCUGCCGCCCCGCCAUUUAUUCAUUCCUCCACCAGACCACAUCCCGCGCCUCAUAAUUUCCAUUGGAAGCCCUUGAAAUUUCCCCCGAAUUUCUGCAGGUGUGAACUUGGACUUCAAUCAUCGUUAUCACCGAAUGCAAACAUCAGAGCAGUUCGCCAGCUGCCCACAAACUACACGCCAAUCGAGCUGCUCCACGCCCUGAAGAAAGAAAGGGACUCUUUGAAGGCCUUCACAAUCCUUCAAGGAGCUAUAGCCCAAAAUGGGUACACUCCUCACCCUUCACUCUGCGAAUUACUCAUUCAUCGUCUGGGUUAUGCAGGGCAUUUGGAGCAAAUGCGGGAUGUUUUGAGCUUAAUGAGUGAGCCAACAGAGGAAGCCUUCUGCGACAUCAUUAUGAGCUACCGCAAGGCGCACAUGGUCGACCAGGCCCUUGGAGUCCUUAACGAAAUGGAGGUAAAACGACUCCCAGCCACAACCAAAAUCUACAACAUAUUGCUGAAUUUUCUUGUGUAUGAAAACAAGUUUAAGAUGGUGGAAUCACUGUAUUCACAAAUGAUGUCUGCUGGGAUCCAACCAGAUGUUAGAACCUUUAAUAUAUUGAUCAAGGCCCAGUGUAAGGCUGGAAACAUGGCUCCUGCAUUGAGUUUGUUGAAACAGAUGUCGUUCGACUUUGGUUUGGUCCCCGAUGAAGUAACAUAUAAUUAUCUUAUGGCUGGGUUUGUUCAGAAGGAUAGGAUGGAAGAGGCCUUAGAGUUAUUGAAGGAAAUGGAAUCAAAUGGAUGCACUCCUAAUGCUGUGAAUUACACUACGCUAAUCCAUGGUUUCUGCAAAAAGGGCAAGUUGGAUGAGGCUGCCAAACUUCUAGAGGAGCUGUGUGGCAACGGGCUCUGCCCCAAUAUUGUGACUUUCAGUGCAAUAAUCAAUGGGUUAUGCAAGCAGGGCCUGGUGGAUGAGGCUGUCAAACUUCUGGAGGAGAUGUGUGGAAGCGGGCUCUACCCAAAUAUUGUCACUUUCAAUGCAAUAAUCGAUCAAUUCUGCAAGAAAGGGAAAAUGGUGGAGGCUGUGGAACUUUUGGAGAGCAUGCGUGGUAGUGGGCUCUAUCCAGAUACUGUGACGUUCACUACUGUAAUCAAUGGGUUCUGUAAGCAAGGAAGAAUGGAGGAAGCUUUUAAACUUCUGGAGGAGAUGCGCGGACACGGGCUGUUUCCAGAUACCGUCACGUUUACUGCAAUAGUAAGUGGAUUUUGCAGAGCAAAAGAGCUAGACAAGGCAACAGACCUACUUGAGAAGAUGGUAAGAGAGGGCAUUAAGCCUAAUGUUGUUACAUAUAAUACUGUAAUUUUAGGUCUUUGCGUUGUGGGGAAGUCCCAAGAGGCAAGAAGGCUUCUCGAUGAAAUGGCUGUGAAAUGCUGUUCUCCAGAUAUAUUUACAUAUAACAGUUUGCUCCGUGCAAUGCAUAAGGAGGGAAGCAUAGAAGAAGCUAUGGAACUAUUUAAUAAGCUUACUAGCGAGGGGUGCACGCCUAAUGAUUAUACUUACAGUAUCAUAUUUUCCCUCUGUAAAGAUGGCAACCUUGAUGCUGCUCUGAAGUUCAUAUAUUGUAUGCUUGCCAAGGAUUGUACUCCAGACAGUAAGACUUAUAAUGUGCUGGUGAAGAGGCUUUUAAGGGAGGGGAAGUCUUACCAAGCAAUGCAGCUUAUGAGAGAAAUGGAAGCAAAGGGCUCCUAUCCCGGCUCUUUUAACAGUGCCAGAAAUGGAAGAGUCAAGGUCCAUCACAUUCUUAAAUCAGUUUCUCAAGCAACCAGUGAUUCUUCGGCCAUUUCUAGCCUGAUAUAUCUUUGCAAGCAAGGCAAAGUUCAGGAUGCAGAACUCCUUUCUAGAGACACAGACUAUCAGGUAUGGAUGGCAGCUGUGGUAACUUAUAACCUUUUUAUUGACAGCCUUUGUGAAAUUCAGAGUGUUAAAGAAGCAAUUGAGCAUGUUGAUGAAAUGCUUCAAGGGAAAAAGAAACGCUGUGAUCACAAGAGGAUGUACCCGCAGAAUUACUUGCCACGACCUGCCUUUGGCGAGUGUGCAGAGGACUGGGUGCCAAGGUGGCAUCUCCCACGGCUUGGGGUUGUCGGGAGUGUAGGGAGUGGGGAGCCGUGGUGGCAUCCUCCACGAUCUGCACGGGAGGAUGACUCCACGAUGGGACUGCGGGAAGCUCACAGGAGAGGGAGCAAGGGGCCUGCGAAGGAGUGGAGGAAGCAGCGUGGGGUCGAGGGAAGCCUGCAGCGUUGGCAGAUCAAUGCAAAUCCUUUGGUAGUAGAUGAUGUUGGACAAGUUCUCGAGAUUCAAAAGGAUGAUACUGCACCAAGUGGAAACACUGGUGCACAGGAUAAAGGGAAUGAUGUUGAGGUGAAGGAGUUUGAGAAGUCAAAGGUGAAAGAUGCAGAGGUAGAUAAAGGGAAGGGAGUUGUUGAUCUAGCAAUUGACACUCCUCUAGUCACAAGGAUCCUACCCCAAAUCUCUAUCAAUCUUGAUGGUCCUCUAUCUCUUGGACAUAUGUCUCCUGCUGAAAAGCUAAUGCUUGUAGUAGUUGUACAUGCUCAAGCCAGUCAAGAUCUGGUCAAAUUAGAAUCUAAAGACAAAAAGCUUAUUUUGAUGUCUGUUGAUGUGUUGCAGAAGGUGGUUUCGAGUGUGCAGCUAGAUCCCAAUCCUAGCCCCUUCGGGCAUUUGGAGCAGAUGCGGGAUGUUUUGAGCUUAUUGAGUGAACCAACAGAGGAAGCCUUCUGCAGCAUCAUUAUGGGCUACGGCAAAGUGCACAUGGUCGACCAGGCCCUUGGAGUCCUUAACGAAAUGGAGGUAAAACGAUUCCCACCCACAACCAAAAUCUACAACAUGUUGCUCAAUUUUCUUGUGUAUGAAAACAAGUUUACGAUGCUGGAAUCACUAUAUUCACAAAUGAGGUCUGCUGGGAUCCAACCAGAUGUCAAAACCUUCAAUACAUUGAUCAAAGCCCAUUGUAAGGUUGGAAACAUGGCUUCUGCAUUGAGUUUGUUGAAACAGAUGUUGUUCGACUUGGGUUUGGUCCCCGAUGGAGCUACAUAUAAUAAUCUUAUGGCUGGGUUUGUUCAGAAGGAUAUGAUAGAAGAGGCCUUGAAGUUAUUCAAGGAGAUGAAAUCAAACGGGUGCACUCCUAAUGCUGUGAAUUACGCUACGCUAAUCCAUGGAUUCUGCAACAAGGGCAAGAUGGAUGAGGCUGCCAAACUUCUAGAGGAUCUGCGUGGAAACGAGCUCUGCCCCAAUAUUGUGACUUUCAGUGCAAUUAUCAAUGGGUUAUGCAAGCAGGGCUGGGUGGAUGAGGCUGCCAAACUUCUGGAGGAGAUGUAUGGAAGCGGGCUCUACCCAAAUAUCGUCACUUUCAAUGCAAUAAUUAAUGGGUUCUGCAAGAAAGGGAAAAUGGUGGAGGCUGUUGAACUUUUGGAGAGGAUGCGUGGAAGUGGGCUCUCUCCAGAUACUGUGACGUUCACUACUAUAAUCAAUGGGUUCUGUAAGCAAGGAAGAAUGGAGGACGCUUUUAAACUUCUAGAAGAGAUGCGCGGACACGGGCUUUCUCCAGAUACCGUGACUUUUACUGCAAUAGUCAGUGGGUUGUGUAGAACAAAAGAGCUAGACAAGGCAAGAGAUCUACUUGAGAAGAUGGUAAGAGAGGGCAUAGAGCCUAAUGUUGUAACAUAUAAUACUGUAAUUUUAGGUCUUUGCGUUGUGGGGAAGUCCCAAGAGGCAAGAAGGCUUCUGGAUGGAAUGGCUGUGAAAUGUUGUUCUCCAGAUAUAUUUACAUAUAGCAGUUUGCUCUGUGCAAUGCAUAAGGAGGGAAGAAUAGACGAAGCUAUGGAACUAUUUAAUGAGCUUACUAGCAAGGGGUACACGCCUGAUGAUCAUACUCACAGAAUCAUAUUUUUCAUCUGCAAGGAUGGCAACCACAACGCUCCUCUGAAGUACAUAUAUCAUAUGCUUGCCAGGAGUGAAAAUGGGCGUUAUCCAGAUACUAAGAUUUUCAAUGCAGUAAUCAGUGGGUUUUGCAGAGCAAGAGACCUAGACAAGGCAACAAACCUGCUUGAAAAGAUGGUAAGAGAGGGCAUUGAGCCUGAUGCUGUUACAUAUAAUACUGUAAUUUUAGGUCUAUGCAUUAUGGGGAGGUCCCAAGAUACAAGAAAGCUUCUGGACGAAAUGGCUGUGAAAGGUUGUGCUCCAGAUAUAUUUACAUCCGCGCAAUGCACAAGGAGGGAAGAGCAGAAGCAACCAUUGAGCUUUUUAAUGAAUUCACUAGCAAGGGGCACCUACCUGAUGAUUAUACUCAUAGUAUCAAAUUUUCCCUCUGUAAGGAUGGCAACCUUGAUGUUGCUCUGAAGUUCAUAUAUUGUAUGCUUGCCAAGGAUUGUACUCCAGAUAGUAAGACUUAUCUUGUGCUGGUGAAGAGGCUUUCAAGGGAGGGGAAGUCUGACCAAGCAAUGCAGCUUAUGAGAGAAAUGGAAGCAAAGGGCUCCUAUCCCGGCUCUUUUAACAGUGCCAGAAAUGGAAUAGUCAAGCUCAGUCACAUUCUUAAAUCAGUUUCUCAAGGAACCAGUGAUUCUUCGGCCAUUUCUAGCCUG